GCCCUCUGGGUGUCAGUCUCUGGUGCUAUUGUUGGCUCACCGAUUGCACUCCGUCUGCAGACCUGAGCAAAGGUGACCCGGCACUCCGAGAGUGACGCUCUUCUGUCCCACUGACCAGACCCCUGGAAGGCAUUGACGACAUCUGACGGCGUCUUCAAGGUGUUUCAUUGGACAAGUAAAUGGCGCAGCACACAAUGACUCUUGCCAACAUUUCCCCUGAAGACUUGGAGUCACUUAAACGCCCCCCACUCAUAUGGGUGAAUGGGAUGCCCAUCAUCGGUCCUUUUGCAGCCAACUGGGAUGACAUUGUGAAAUUCCAGGCCCGAGAAGAGGAUCUGCUGAUAGCCACCUAUCCAAAAUCCGGGACCACAUGGGUGAGCAAGAUCGUAGAUCUCAUCAUGAAUGGGGGAGACACGGAGAAGAGUCAGAAAGGAGCCAUAUUUGAGCGCGUGCCUUUCAUGGAGAGCGGUGGACCUGGAAUUCCCUCAGCAACUGAGAUACUGAACAAAUUGGACUCACCACGUGUGAUUAAGACCCACCUUCAGGCAGACGUUCUUCCGAAGAGCUUCUGGGAAAAGAACUGCAAGAUGAUCUACGUGGCCAGGAAUGCAAAGGAUGUGGCGGUAUCGUACUAUCACUUCUACAGAAUGGCCUAUGGACAUCCAGAACCUGGCACGUGGGAUGAAUAUCUAAAUACCUACAUGGAGGGUAAUGUCGCUUUUGGAUCAUGGGCCAAACAUGUGAAGGGCUGGUGGGAGAUGAGGAAAAACCACAGGAUCUUGUACUUGUUCUACGAGGACCUGCUGGAGGACCCAAAACGUGAAAUCAGAAAGGUGAUGAAGUUCAUGGAUCAGGAACUUCCUGAAGAAAUUGUGGAAAAAAUUCACAAGAACACUUCCUUCCAGGCCAUGAAGGAAAAUCCCAUGGCCAACUAUAGUACCUUCCCAUUCAUGGAUCACUCAAUAUCCCCGUUUAUGAGGAAAGGAAUUCGGGGUGACUGGAAGAACCAAUUCACCGUAGCCCAGAACGAGAGGUUUGAUGAAUAUUACCAGAAGGAAAUGUCUGACACAGAUCUCACCUUCCGUAUGUAACAAGGACCUAGUUGGAGCUACAACCCAGGACCAAAACCACCAUCUACAAACUCAGGACCGGAACCACCGUCUACAAACUCAGCACCAGAACCACCAUCUACAAACUCAGCACCAGAACCACCGCCUACAAACUCAGGACCAGAACCACCGUCUACAAACUCAGCACCAGAACCACCCUCUACAAACUCAGGACCAGAACCACCGUCUACAAACUCAGGACCGGAACCACCAUCUUCAAACUCAGGACCAGAACCACCCUCUACAAACUCAGGACCAAAACCACCAUCUACAAACUCAGGACCAGAACCACCGUCUAUAAAUUCAGCACCAGAACCACCAUCUACAAACUUAGGACCAGAACCACCGUCUACAAACUCAGGACCAGAACCACCAUCUACAAAUUCAGCACCAGAACCACCCUCUACAAACUUAGGACCAGAACCACCGCCUACAAACUCAUGACCAGAACCACCAUCUACAAACUCAGCACCAGAACCACAUCUACAAACUCAGAACCAGAACCACUGUCUACAAACUCAGCACCAGAACCACAUCUACAAACUUAAGACCAGAACCACCGUCUACAAACUCAGGACCAGAACCACCAUCUACAAACUCAGGACCAGAACCUCCAUCUACAAACUGAAGACCAAAACCAACGUCUACAAACUGAAGACCAAAACCAACGUCUACAAACUGAAGACCAAAACCAACAUCUACAAACUGAGACCAGAACCACCAUCUACAAACUGAAGACCAGAACCACCAUGUACAAACUGAGGACCAAAACCACCGUCUACAGACUCAGGACCAGAACCACCAUCUACAAACUGAAGACCAGAACCACCAUGUACAAACUGAGGACCAAAACCACCGUCUACAGACUCAGGACCAGAACCACCAUCUACAAACUGAAGACCAGAACCACCAUGUACAAACUGAGGACCAAAACCACCAUCUACAAACUGAAGACCAGAACCACCAUCUACAAACUGAGGACCAAAACCACCGUCUACAGACUCAGGACCAGAACCACCAUCUACAAACUGAAGACCAGAACCACCAUCUACAAACUGAGGACCAAAACCACCGUCUACAGACUCAGGACCAGAACCACCGUCUACAAACUGAAGACCAGAACCACCAUCUACAAACUGAAGACCAGAACCACCCUCUACAAACUAAGGACCAGAACCACCAUGUACAAUCCAAUGAACAGAACCACCCCGUGCAAACCCAGGACCAGACCCACUAUCUACAGAAGUUAACUUUACAUGGGGCUAGUAAUCAUCUAUAUUGAUCACAAAGUUAUUAUUUGCCAAAAAUAGAAGACCGGCCACCACUGUUAGAUUGUAAAAUAAUCUGUUCCAAUUGUUCUUUGGAUUACAUUUUUUUUUUACCAAUACACAAUUAAAUCCUG